AUGCCGCUGUCUCGACAAGAGGAACUCGUUCAAACAGUUCGGCCAUGGCUACGUCCUGAAAACAUCCGUGACGCUGAUCGCCGAAAGCCAGACGAUCCACUGUACAAUCCACGCACCCUCUAUAUCCCUCCCUCGGCUCUCGCAGAAUUUGGCAACUUUGAAGCACAAUUUUGGUCCUUCAAGAAGGAGAAUUGGGAUGCAGUCAUCUUUUUUCAGAAAGGGAAGUUCUACGAGCUCUAUGAAGAUGAUGCCGUGCUUGGGCACCAGCUUUUUGAUCUCAAAUUGACCUCUCGAGGCAUGCGUAUGGUGGGUGUGCCUGACUACACAUUUGACGACUGGGCAGCACAAUUCGUUGCAAAAGGGUAUCGUGUUGCGCGUGUUGACCAAAUGGAGUCUAUCCUUGGCAAGGAUAUCCGCGAAAAGGAAGGCGCCAAGAAGGACAAGAUUGUCAGGCGCGAGUUGACGCAAGUUUUGACACAAGGUACUUUGGUGGAUCCCAAUAUGCUGACUGGUGAUCACAAUACCUACAUUCUGUCGCUCAAGGAGAUGGAAUGCGACACGGAUGGCGCGGUCCCCAAGUUUGGUGUCUGCUUUGCAGAUGCAGCUACCGGUCAGUGCUACUUUUCGAGCUUCAAAGAUGAUUUAGCUCGAACCCAACUGGAUACACUCCUUUCACAAGUCAAACCUCGAGAGCUAGUCCUCGAGAAGGGCAAACUGAGUCCUGCAAGUACGAAAUGCAUCAACAAUGCAGUCUCGCCACAAACACAAUUCAAUUGGAUCAAAGAUGUCGACUUUUGGGAAGCUGACCGCGUUCGUCUUGAAUUGAAGGAAGCACGCUAUUUCGAAAGCGAUGAGCAAGACUGGCAUCCUGUGUUGCAGCGUUGCUUGGCUGAUGAAGCGUGUGGCAAUGCUCUAGGUGGGUUACUCUGGUAUCUGCGCAACCUCAAGCUCGACCAUGAUCUCCUGUCCCUUGCAAAUUUUGAAGACUAUCAUCCAUUGCAGCGCGCUGCGAGUCUGGUGCUUGAUGGUGGUACUCUUGUCAAUCUUGAAGUUUUCAGCAAUACCUGGGAUGGCGGUAGUGCUGGUACCUUGUUUGGUCUCAUCUGCCGCUGUCGAUCACCCAUGGGCAAGCGCCUUCUCAAGCGUUGGGUUUGCCAUCCACUACGUGACAUUGAUGCACUCAAUGCUCGAUUCAAUGCUGUUGACUUGCUCAUGCAGGAUCAUGCUUUGGCAACGUCGCUUGAGACGCAAUUGCAGGCACUCCCUGAUCUGGAGCGGCAAUUGGCUAGACUGCAUGUUGGCCGAUGCAAAGUUGCCGAGUUUGUCAAGGUCCUUGGUGGCUUCUCAGCCCUUGCGAAGCUCCUGCAAGAGCUCGCCGCAACGCUCGAGGGGAAAGAUGUUUUGAUGGAGAGCAUCUUGCAACAAGCGCCAGACAUGACUGAUCGGCUCAAAUACUGGCGCAGUGCAUUCAAUUGGGAAGCUGCCGUAUCGAAUGAUCCGAAACGUCCUGGAAUCAUUGUCCCGAGUCCUGGAACGGAGGAAGAUUUCGAUGCGUCGCAAGAAGCACUGGAGGGUCUCCUGUCGCAAUUCGAUCCACUCUUGCGUCAAUACCAGCGUGAUUUGAAGAGCAGUAAGAUUGCAUACAGGGAUGUGGGCAAUAGCAAGGAUAUCUACCAGAUUGAGGUUCCCGUCUCUGUCAAAGUGCCGAGUGAUUGGCAGCAGAUGAGUGCAACAAAACAAGUUAAACGUUACUGGUCCCCUGAAAUUGCAGUCUUGGUGCGACAACUCCUCGAGCAACAAGAACGACACAAGGCUAUUGUUGAAUCACUACAACAACGCUUGUAUAAACGCUUCGAUGCAGACUUCUCAAGUUGGCAUGCUCUUGUCGUCUGUGGCGCGCAGCUGGAUUGCCUAUUGUCCCUAGCAUCUUCAAGCAAGACCCUUGGCGCUCCGGCCUGCCGUCCUACCUUCUUGGCCGAUGAUACAAGCAUUCUGGAUCUGAAAUCAGUACGUCACCCGUGUGCUGACGCUACCACCUUCAUUCCAAAUGAUAUUCUGCUCGGUGGCACAGAUGGUGCGCGCAUGUCGUUGUUGACAGGUCCCAAUAUGGCUGGUAAGUCGACGCUACUUCGUUCAGCUUGUACGGCUGUAUUGCUUGCACAGCUAGGCCAUUAUGUGCCUGCUUCCAGCUGCGCCCUUACACCACUUGAUCAGAUCAGCGUGCGCACGGGCGGUGCAAGGGACAACAUUGGUGGAGGACAAAGUACAUUCAUGGUCGAACUUGCCGAAACUGCCACACUCCUCUCUUCAGCAACACCAAGAUCGCUCGUCGUUCUGGAUGAACUUGGUCGCGGCACAGGGACCUUUGAUGGUAUGGCUGUCGCCUUUGCCGUUUUGCAACAUCUCCUGACGCGCAUUGGCUGCCUUGGCUUCUUCUCAACGCACUACGCACUCCUUGCACAAGAAUUCGAAAAGCACCCAGGCUGCAAAUUUGAAAACAUGAGCUUCUUGUUGGAUGAAGGCGGCGACGCCGGGCAGGGUAAAGUGACAUUCUUGUACAAACUCGUUGCUGGCAUUUGCUCGCACUCGCAUGGUCUCAAUGUGGCACGCAUGGCAGGCCUGCCUGAAGAAUUGAUCACUGUGGCUGCUGAAGCGUCGAAACGAUUUGAAGCACAGCACGGAACAAGUCUGCAAAGCAGACAACAGCCUGAGAUCCCUCUUGGCCUUGAGAGCGACCUUAUAACGCUGUUUGCUGCAGUGCAAGGCAAUGCAGAAGAAGUCACAGAGGAUGUCUUGUUACGAAUUGCAGACUAUGCAGGUAGCGUUUUUGCAUAG